ACAUAUGAUAUAAAACGUUUGUUUUAGAUAUUUAGUAUAUGGAAUAAUUAUGAGAAAUAGAUGAACUACAUUUAUAGCGGAACCAAGUACGAUUUAAAUAUUUUGUUUCUGUAUUUCACAGGGGUGAGAGUGAAAUAUCUGCAAUGCUCGAAAAACAUGCAGACACAGUACUUCUUCCGACUCCUAAUGAAGACAUGUGCUACUUUAAUGGUAUAAAUGUUUCACGGUACUACGUCCUGGAAGAUUUUAUGGAAAGCGUGGAAGCAGCAAACUUCGACUUCAAAAAGAAAGUUAAAGUUCAAUUCAUAGCAAACUUCGGUGAACACCAAGAUAUCGAAAUCGCAAUUGAUGAAGGGGGCCCGAGAAGGGAAUUUUUUCGUCUUCUUAUAGACGCUGUUGUUCAUACUAGUGGACUUUUAGAAGGUCCCGAAACAAUGAAGGUGUUCUCUUCAAAAGUGUCGGCGUUGAGAAGGAAACAUUAUUAUUAUGCAGGAUACGCGGUGGCUGCGUCCAUCCUUAUGGGUGGACAGCCACUGUGUUGUCUAGCCCCUUCUGUUGUCGAUUUUCUUAUGAAUGGUCAGUCUAAUCCCACACCGGAGGAAGUGACGGAUUAUGAAAUCCGUGAUGCCUUAAAAGAGUUAACUGAUUCAAAAACGACAGAGAACAUGAGAAAGAUAUUGGAUGAAAAACUGGAAUUACGUUUUAGCCUGGGAGUGGACAAGCCAACUUUCCUUUUAGACAUCGCUGACAAAGAGGAUUUAGUAAAAGACAUCUGCUUGUCUUUUGUCAUCCAUAGGACAUCAGCGUCAAUUAGCCAAUUUGCUGACGGCAUGGAAGUACUUGGCCUGAUGACUCUGAUGCGGAGGUACACCGCUCUAAGAGAUCUUUUGGUCUAUAACAACAGGUUUGAAAUCACUCCAAAACGUUUCAAGGAAGCAUGUACAUUCAAUUUUUGUGAAAACGGGAGCAACAGACGUCCAGUAGAGGAACGCCUUGCAAAGCGAUUUCUGGAUUACGUGGAUGAAAUUUAUCGUGACCCACGCCAGCAUGACGAACACGAAAUAAACCUUCAGUCACUCCUGGGGUUUAUUACCGGACUAUCAAGAUUGCCAGGUGUUCGAUUGAAUGGCAUUCAGGUCAACUUUGACCACGAAGCUACUGAAGGAAGCCUUCCGCGAGCUAAUACUUGUGGUUUCAUGGUUGUACUGCCUGUGUAUGAAUCUUUCAGAGACAAAACCAUAUUCUGUUCAAAAUUCGAUAUUGCAAUUUUGUAUGCAGGCGGAAUGCAUGCCUUGUAACUUUAAGAAAAGAACAAAAUCUGCAGUGAAGACUAAAGCAAGUUCCAAUAGGAAUAAAAGGCAAUUUUCUGAGUUUUCUUACUUCAGCCUCGGAAGGUAUCCAAUCCGAUUCUAUACACAUCAUAAAUGGAAAUGGAUGCAGCAAU